GCUGUGACAGAGGACGGUUGCAGCUAUCGAACACUAUGGGCGCUCAACGUAAGACUGUUAGCAGCUGUCUGCUGUUACUCCUCAUAGCCAACAUUUUAUGGAGUACGGAGAGUGGAGUUGGUGCUUCUUAUUCGCCUAACAGUGUGGUGGAGAUACAAUUGGGCGAUCUAUUUCUCGAUCAAUUCAAAUACAUACCCACCCUAGAGGGCUACGAAUAUGGUUACACUUUACCCAAUGGCACACAUCGCGAAGAGCUGGCCGAGCUGCUCAACGCUAAUUCCACACCUGAGGAAAUAAGGAAUGCCAACAAUUAUGCUCGUAACGCAAGGCCAUCACGGCGUCCGGGUGUCAAGAAUCGUAAGCUCUCGGCCAAAUCUCUCUCAUCGCUAGCUGGCUAAGUAACAGGAAGAGCGAGAGCGGCAGUGAGAGCGAAGGUGACAGUGAGAGUGAGAGAGAGAGAGGGAGACGUGAGGCAUCUCUCAAUAUUCUUUGUGAAAUUUUAAGCGCGGUUUUGGUAAAAUUUUCAAUAGCCAAUGUUU